AUACUAUAAAUUCCACUCAAAACCCUAAUUCUCCGAUCGGCCUCUCACCUCUGCACAAUCACACAACAAUGGUGAAGUUUCUCAAGGCAAACAAGGCGGUGGUCCUCCUCCAAGGGCGUUACGCCGGCCAGAAGGCAACCAUCGUGAAGAACUUCGACGACGGAACGCGCGACCGCCCCUACGGUCACUGCCUCGUCGCCGGCAUCGCCAAGUACCCGAGCAAGGUCAUCCGCAAGGACUCAGCGAAGAAGCAGGCGAAGAAGUCGCGCGUGAAGGCGUUCGUGAAGCUGGUCAACUACAAUCACAUUAUGCCCACGCGCUACACGCUCGACGUGGAUCUCAAGGACAUCGUCUCCGUCGACGCGCUCGUCUCGCGUGACAAGAAGGUCUCCGCCUGCAAGGAGGUGAAGAGCAGGUUCGAGGAGAGGUUUAAGACCGGGAAGAACCGUUGGUUUUUCUCAAAGCUCAGGUUCUGAAGCGUAGCACUCACAGCGUUUCGUUUCCAAUUUUUUAAACUAGUUUUGAUUAACGAAGUUGUUUGUUUAUGAGACUGAAUUUAUGAUAUGGCUACGAUUUAAAUUUUUAUAUGAAAUCUCAAGUUUACAUA